AAUACACACAAUUUUUACCACCCACGAUCUCGUCGAGUUUAUACUCUGACAACAGUACGAGAAUCUGACAAUAGUAUACUGCGCUGUCCCCACGUGGCACUGUGCCUCGUCUCCAUACCGAGGAGCCGGCUUGGCUGAGACUAGACCUGUGCGGGUUCAGCAAUCACCAGGACGCACGCCUUACUAUCUGAGAAUUGUCGCAGCAGAGAUAGACCAUGUUACGCAGCGGAUUGCUCCGGAUGCUUCGUCUGGCUGCUAAAGCGCUGAGCGGGCUGAGCAACGCUUCGGUUGCUCCGGGUAAUGGCUUGAGCUUGGCAGGGGAAUUUAACCACACCUUACUUAAUACGGUCUAUCUACCAAGAUCGACCAGCUUUUAAUAACGGUUAGAUGGUAUAUGUCGUAAUUUAUUCAACGAUGACAUUCCGCGUUAUCAGAAAGGCAUCUCGGUUAUGCCUUCUCCUACUUAUGCUAGGUACUAAAGCACUUUCCCCGAGAACUCUAUCAUCUCAACUUCUUCAUCAAACCAAGACUAUGAGCACCAACUCGCCCCAACUGAACAGCUUCCCUACACAGUCAGACCUCAUCAAGAGAGUGGCCUGCAUUCGGUGCCGUACGCAAAAGCUCAAAUGCCUCAAAUCGACACAUUCAGCGGUUACAAGCAGGUGUGAUCGUUGCAGAAAAGCAGAUGUUGAAUGUACCUACGUUCCAUCCAAGCCAAUGGGCCGGCCAAGGACGUCUCGAUCUCGACAGACAAACCCAAUCAUUCAUAGCCCAGGAUUGCAAUCCGACACAACGACCGCAUCACAGCAAAGCGAGCAAACUCAUGAAAGAUUCGAUCUCAAUACGCUGGUAGGAGAUGCGGAUCUAGCGCUGGAUGCGCAGAAUACGAACAUGUUCUUCGACCAAAUAAUAUCGUAUGACCAAAGCGACGCAUCGACGAGCCAAAAUCUCGUAUUCACUGCCAACGAGAUGGAAUUUUUGACGCCGUGCUCAAGUCAAGGUAGCCUGUCUUUCUCCAACAGCUUCGACAUGUCCACGGCCAAUGUACCAAUCGAAGACGAAGCUGCAGGGGACCGCGGAGGAACAGCAACCGAUGCAUGUGCCUCAGACCGGGACUCACGAAGCAGCAUGCAGCACCUAGCAAAAAUCGGACUGGAUCUGCACGUGCAGAUAACCAAGUACCAAAAAGCCGGCGACAGCGCCGUAAUGGCAGACCUAGUCUGUGAUGUACUAUGCAGCUCAACCGACUACUUAAAUCGUCUGCUCUCAUUGGAUUGUACCUUCGUCUCGGGCCAAAGCAGCAAAUACAUGACCGACUGGACCGAUGAGCAACCGGGCCAAGUAUUGCAACUAGACAUGUCGGCCGCAUUCCAGCUUCUAAUUCCCUAUGUGCGACUAGUCCAGCUACACAACAUCCUUUACCGGGCAAUCCUCCGUUGUCUAAGUGGUGGCAGCAGCAGCGGUGGCGGCGGCGGAUCCGGCAUGGCAUCAGCGCGGUCAAAAUUUCCGGUUCUCUCGGUGGGUAACGCCUGCGUCGAUGCCAGCGACACACUCCGCGCUCGACUGCUGCUGCAGAUCAAUAUCGACCUAAUGGCAGAAAUCGAGACGACGCUAGAGCUGCCACAAGAAGCGAGGUUAUGCCGGUCCGAGGGUGAAGGCGGAAUGGGUUCCGUCAUGGGCAUGUCUUUGAACGAGCAGGGCUCGUGCGGUCUCUUGCGGAAGGUUGUGUCGCCUAGACUGCUCAAGACAAUCCUGGACGAACGCAAUCUCGGUGGUGAUGAUGUGCAAUCCAUGCGGGACCGCAUUGCUUAUAUCAAAUGCUUACUUAGAUCUACCCGGCUGCACGCAUAAAACGUAUUCGGGACACUUAUUAGGUUUUGCUAGCAGACGUUUCUUCUUUUAGAGUUCAGACGCCAGCUAGCACCCUAAACUAUACAUCUGUUUGCAUUUUGUUUAGACAGUAGCCAGCCUUCUGUUGCGAUCCAUAGAACACAAGAAGGAUUUAGCCAACUGGUUGCAUGUAGCACAGUACCUCACAGGAAUUACUAGUUAGCGAUUGUAACGGUUGGGAGGAGAAGCAGAUCACGUGUUGUUGGCGGCGGUCUGGUGCUGCUUCCUCAUGUUGUUGAGCACCUCUUACCUCAG